AUGGAAAUAGGAAAAGAAAAUGAAGGAGAAACAGAGAUAUUAGCAAGCAACUCAUUGGUAUCAUCUGCUGUACUUCGCGAUGACAUUGUCAAUCUUCAGGAUUUCAUAGAGAGGUUAAAGAAGAAUGAAGAAGAUCAAAUUGUUGAUCAAACUGAAAAGCUGACAUUUUUGUUGGCAUGUUUACAGCUAUGUUAUUACAUGUCGGAUGGUCCUAAUGCCGAAAUGUCUUGCAUAUCAUAUGAGGUUCAUGAUCUAGUUCAGUCACUUUUUCAUCAGAGUAGUGGAGAUGACAUGAUGGUUAAAUUAACGGAUCAUGUCAUUCCUCGCCUUCUUGAAAAUAUCACAAGUUCUAAAAUCGCAGAUCAUUAUCAUUCUGAAUCAAGCGCCACCAUGACUGAGGAUCAGUUGGAUGAACUUUUGGACGUGCUCCUCGUGAAUCUCCAUUACCUACCCAAGGUUCAUGCUGAGUUGAUUUUCCCUUCAAUGACUCAAUAUGAGCUUCUUCAGAAUGCAUUUGGCAAUUUAAGAGAUUUCUAUGUGCUGAAAGUAAAUGGUGGCGUUGAGUAUGAGACAAUUGAAUACGUCUUAUCGCCUGUCUUACCGCAGUUUCAACUUAUGGCGGAGACUGUAGGACACUUCUGUUUUAUCCUAUUGUCUUGUCAACUUGAUAAAACAGAUGAAAAAUAUGACAAUGAACUUGUAGUCUCUCAAGUCAAUUCCAAUAUAGUCCAUCUACUUUUGCAGAUAAUUCCGGUUUCACUGGAUGUUAUGCACAUAUGUUGUACAAAUUUGAAAGCUUCAAAGUCCGAAGAAGUUGGACGCCUCAUUAAGCAGCUCCAAGAAGCCUAUCCAGAUCUUCUUAUAGAAUAUCUGAUUCAUCUACAAGAGCACGUGACUAAUGUUAUUACUCCUAGCACCACAUCUCGAAACAUUCAUGUCAUGAUAGAGUUCCUAUUCAUUAUUCUUUAUGAUGUGUCCAAGGACAUUAUUCAUCAUGACAAAUUAUUUCUUCUCUUGGAAGUUGUUGAGGCACUUAUCGAGGAGCUAACCAUUCUUGUUCGCAACUUAGAGGAGAAAACAACGAGUGAAGACAAUAUGAAUGUAACAAGCUGUGCAGGUCUAAACUUAUUGGAAAAUAUUGAACUCCUGAAGGAAGAUCUCAAGAAUGUUUUCUUGAAAGCCCGUGCAGACUUAUCUCCGCUCUGCUUCCCCAUGAGUGAUGGACCGCUUUUCAUGACUUUUCUACUCACAAACUUAAAAGACUUGGUCGAUUCCAAUGCUUCUUCAGUUGCUUUGAUAAAAGAAGAAAUUAAGAAGGUGAAAGAAGACCUGGAAAUCAUAAGAUCGUUCUUCGGGUAUGUUGAGCAAGAGUUGCAUAGAGAUCUUUGGACUCGUGUUCUAGAUGUGGCAUAUGAGGCAGAACAUGCCAUCAAUUCAAUUCUUGCCCGAGAUCAUGGUCUAUUGCAUCUUAUCUUCAUACUUCCUGAUACCUUAGAAAAGAUCAAGGUUGUCAAAAAAGAGGUACAAGAGAAGAUCCCCAAGAGCAACGGUAUUGUUGUUGCAAACGCUCCCAACAAGCCGGUUGAAAGCAAGUCACCGACAGUUGGUAAAAUAAUUGUAGGUUUUGAGGAGGAGACAGAGUGGAUAAUUAGGAAGCUCACCAGCGGACCAGCUGAGAUAGAUGUCAUUUCCAUAGUCGGCAUGCCAGGGCUUGGAAAAACUACUUUGGCUUACAGAGUGUAUAAUGAUAAGUCCAUUGUUGAUCAUUUCGAUGUUUGUGCUUGGUGCACAGUCGACCAGGAAAGUAAUGAGAAAAAGUUGUUGCAGAAAAUUUUCAAUCAAGUUAUAGGUUUGAAAGAACGAUUCAAUGAGGAUCAUGACAUAGAUGAUGAUGUUGCUGAUAAGCUGCGGAGACAACUAUUUGGAAAACGGUACCUUAUUGUCUUGGAUGACAUGUGGGAUACUGCAACAUUUGAUGAGCUAACAAGACCUUUUCCUGAAUUACAGAAAGGAAGCAGAGUGAUUUUAACAAGUCGGAAAAAGGAAGUUGCUUUGCAUGGAAAAUGCCACAGUGAUCCUCUUUAUCUUCGAUUGCUAAGAUCAGAAGAAAGUUGGGAGUUAUUAGAGAAAAGGGUAUUUGGAGAAGAACGUUGCCCUGAUGAACUAAAGGAUGUCGGAAAAAAGAUAUCUCGAAAGUGUGAUGGGCUUCCUUUAGUACUUGAUCUAAUUGGUGGAAUCAUUUCAAGGAAGGAAAAGAAAGAGGCUUUGUGGCUUGAAGUUCUCAAUAAUUUGAGUUCCUUUAUUUUUAAGGAGGAAGAGGAAGUGGUGAAGGUUAUACAAUUAAGUUAUGACCAUUUGUCAGAUCACGUAAAGCCGUGCUUGGUUUACCUUGCAAGUUAUCCAAAGGACAAAGAAAUAGUGAUUUCCGAGUUGAAAGAUUUAUGGAUUGCUCAAGGACUUGUGCAGCAGACUGAGAUGAAAAGUGCAGAAGAAGUAGUGGAGAGUUAUGUGGAUGAGUUAAUUUCCAGUAACUUGGUAAUACCUUUCUUUAAGUUUAUUUGCAAAAUUCAUGAUCUUGUGCAUGACUUUUGUUAUAUAAAAUCUAGAAAGGAAAAGUUGUUUGACUUAAUAGGAGGUUCAAACGCUCCAUCUUCUUCUUCUGGUAUGAUGGCACGAGGAAUUACAAUUCGUUAUGAUCCACGUCUCUUUGAUUUGGAUGAAAAUUUUGUGGUGUUUAAUCCAGAAAAGAAGAAUCCUUAUGUUAAACACCUCCUCUCUCUGAAGGUGUAUGAUGGGAUUAAGGUUUGUCUUUCCAACACGAGUCACCUAAAACACUUGAGGCUUCUCAAAAGUUUGGAUCUGAAUGGCAUAACAUUGACAGAUUCUUUGCUGAAUGAAAUCGGUAUGCUCGUUCAUUUGAAGCACUUAAUCAUCCAGACGAAGGCAAAAGCUCUCCCUCCGUCAUUUUCAAACCUUUGCAAUCUAGAAAUUCUGGUGGUGAAUAACCUGAUGGGAUCAUGCAUGCUACUAUCACCUUGUUUUUGGAGCCUUGCAAAGCUACGAGAUGUGCGUAUGAAGAUUUGUUCUUUCUACGAUCCAUACACCAACGAAACAACUGUGUUAGACGAGGACUCAAGGUUAGAAAAAUUGAGAACAUUAUAUAAGCUCUACCUUCCCAGUUUAGAGGACACGGAGGAUAUUUUCAAAAGGUUUCCUAAGCUUCAAAACCUUAAAGUCUGUAUCGCACAAACAGGAGAUUGUUCAGCAGAGAAGAUUUGUUUUCCAAGAUUGGAUGUCCUAAACGAACUUGAAGAACUCCAUUUGUCUGCUUCUUCGGAUUCAUUCCAUGAAUAUACACAUGGCUUCCCUUUGAACUUGAAGAUACUGAAGCUGAAAGGGCUCGCUCUGACAUCCGAUACACUUUCAAGAAUUGCUAGACUACCCAACCUUCAAGCACUAUAUCUAAAGGACACAAUUAUCGGGGAGGGGAAAGAAUGGAACAUGGAAGAUGUCACCUUCAAGGAUCUCAAAUCUCUAAAAUUGGUUAAUGUGUCAUUUUCUGAAUGGCAGGUUGAUGCAGAGGAAUCCUUUCCCAUGCUCGAGAUGUUACAUAUACGUAAAUGUGAUGAGCUUAUGGACAUCCCAGACAGUUUUGGAGAUAUUGCGUCAUUAAAGUUAAUCUUUGUAUUGUCCAGUCCUCAGCUUAAAAAUUCGACUUUCAAAAUUAAGGAAUAUGUUGAAGAAAUGACUGGAGAAGACAAGCUUGGGGUAUGCUUCCAAUAUAGAUGGUCUUAA